UGCUACUGGUGAAGAUCACCAUUAACAGGGAACAUGGAUUUAAUAAACUCAACUGAACAAAAUGGUACAUCGGAAGAACUAUUCAAAUGGGUGACAUCCAAGAUUCUCAUUUCCAUUACCCUAUCUGUGCUUGCACUAAUGACAACAGCCAUCAAUUCUCUCGUGAUGACUGCAAUAAUUGUGACAAGAAAGCUCCACCACCCUGCCAACUAUCUCAUCUGCUCUCUUGCAGUAACUGAUUUCCUUGUGGCAGUCCUAGUGAUGCCCUUCAGUAUUGUCUACAUUGUCAAGGAGACCUGGAUCAUGGGGCAAGUGGUGUGUGACAUUUGGCUAAGUGUGGACAUUACAUGCUGCACAUGUUCCAUCUUGCAUCUCUCUGCCAUUGCUUUGGACCGGUACAGAGCAAUCACAGAUGCUGUGGAAUAUGCACGGAAAAGGACACCUAAGCAUGCUGGCAUCAUGAUUGCUGUGGUAUGGAUCAUCUCCAUUUUUAUCUCCAUGCCACCUUUGUUUUGGCGGCACCAGACAACUCGUCAGGAUGACGAAUGCAUCAUCAAACAUGACCACAUUGUUUCCACCAUUUACUCUACAUUUGGCGCCUUUUAUAUCCCACUGGCAUUGAUUCUGAUCCUUUAUUACAAGAUAUACAAGGCAGCAAAGACAUUUCACAGAAGAAGCAUCAGCCGGAUUGUAAGGGAGGAGGUAAAUGGACAAGUCCUUUUGGACACAGGUGAAAGAAGCACCAAAUCGGCCUCGAUGUCCAGCCCAGCAGAGAAGACAUCAGAUCCCAUGGUGGACUGCGAUAAAAUCAAUAUCACUCUACGAAGCCCCAGGUCUGAAUCUAAGCAUGAGAAAUCCUGGAAAAAACAGAGAAUCUCUAGCACAAGAGAGCGAAAGGCAGCAACUACGCUGGGUUUGAUCUUGGGGGCAUUUGUGAUCUGCUGGCUCCCUUUUUUUGUAAAAGAAGUAGUUGUUAAUACCUGUGAAAGAUGUCACAUUUCAGAAGACAUGUCUAAUUUCCUAGCAUGGCUGGGAUAUAUAAAUUCCCUUAUUAACCCUCUAAUCUACACAAUCUUUAAUGAAGACUUCAAGAAAGCCUUCCAGAAGCUUGUGCGGUGUAGGCAAUAAUUUUAAGAGCUUUUGUUCAUACGAGAACAUACUCAUUGUUUUUAAACCUGUAUAAAUUUGUAUAACUGAAAUGACAUUUGUUGUAUUUAAGGAAAAGAACUAAGACCCUGCAUUUACAUUAUGACUUCUUUUGUAUUAGCAGUACUGGGAGUAUAAAUUACCCAGGUUUUAGAGAGAUGGAUCAUCUAGGAUCAGUUUUGUUCUGGAA